AUGGAGGAUACCUCCAUCCCCAAGGGCUCUUUCGUCCAUCAAGCGGGGUGUUCUGUAUUGCCCAGCCUAAACACGUCCUUUGACCGGCUACCACUUAAUGUGAUUGAGGACAUAUUGUAUGCUUCCGAUGCCAAUACAUUUGCAUCACUAUCUUUGUUAAACCGAAGAUGGAAGCAUGCGUCCGAUUCUGCGGCCAUGUAUGCAUAUCAGUUGUCACGCUGUUCAUCGUUUUCCUGGACUCGUGGGGUUAUUUCUGAGGCAGAGAACCUGACAAAACUAAAGCGCCAGUUUGUCAAGGAAGUCAGGCAGAACGCCUUUGAUGUAUUUUUACGGCCCCGGCAAACCCUCGUGCGACUAAUUUCAAGUUCUAUGAGCUCGUCUACGGCGUUCCCACAAGGUGAAGUUUUUCGAUUCUCAUUUUCAGGAAAUGGUCAAAUGGUUCUCUGCAUCAGCUCUUCUCGCAUUGUCAUACUAGACGUGGCCACCGACCCAGUCACCGUCAAGCAUGAACUUAAGACCCGAAGACGGCCCCUGGGAGCCACAAUCCGGGAUGAUGGCUCUCUCAUUGCUGUUGUGUCUUCCACACACCGAGUUCAUAUCUACCAGCUCUCCGAUGAUGAAGUCAAGCACAUUCAAGUUAUCACGCUGAACGAUGCCCCAAAGGACAUCAAAUUCUCUCCAGCAGGUAGUGUACUGGCCUUAGCCUUUGGCGAUAGUAUUGAGGUAUACGCUGUGGGUGAAGAGGCUUUGCCGACCGACCGUCGGGCGGUGCGUUGUCUCCGUGUGGAUGCACUUUCAUUUUCGCUUGAUGGAGCGAUGCUUCUUGGCUUUACAGCUGAAGGUAUUGUCACCAUCACUCCUCCUUUCUAUACUGAAACCGGAACGGACGCUUCACCUGAAGAACUCGAGAUGCGAAUGUGGACAACACAAAUUCUCUUUCCUGAAACAGUCGGUUGCCAUAUCACCCAUGCCUCUCUCAUUAUUGGUCAUGGGGAAGUUGACGAUCACUGGGUAAUGGGAUAUGACAAACAAUUGGGGGCAUUCAGAGCGCUUCAAUUAACCAAGAAUGCGGGAAUCGUUUAUUUUGCUAGUCCAUUUUUAACAGAUGAGUCUCGGGAAAUGCGGCCAAGCAUGAGACCCGCCACUGAUGAUGCAGGUGAACUUUGUGCGUUAGGGUUCCAAGAUUCAGAGCUAUGGAUAUAUGGGAUGCCUGGUUUGGCUGCCAGUGAAAUCACUGGUACCCAGGUUGGUGGUGGUCACCAUUAUGGAGGCUGCGCGCCUCGCGACAAUUUAGCACAGCUUCAGAAAAUCGUUCAACAACCUAAGAUCUUGAUCCGGGGGCGGCGGGUGAGUGAAAUGCACGGGAUCACAUCCGCUCACUGGGUAUGUUCAGGCUCGAGACUCCGGCGGAGACUCGUCGCGGUAGCACCUGGUGGUGUGCAACCACAAAUAUUUGGCGAAGAAGAUAUCCCAGUUGAUGGUGGUCGAAUCCUCCUACUUGAUUUUGAGCGCUCUACCAUGAAUGGUGAAAAGAUUGAGCUUGACAUCGAAGUCGGAGAAAUGGCACCCAAGAUUCUUAUGGAGCCGGACUCCUCUUUGGCCACGGAAGUUGAGCUUGAAAGGAGGCGAACACGGCUACAUCGUGGCGAUACUGCUACAAGAUUCGCAGCCCUCGGCCAUUCAGCGACUACUCGAGAAUCCCGAGCUCUGCCACUUCACUUGCGCCGCAACAUCAGUCUUGCAGUUCCUACCUCACCAAGCGAAAAUUCUCGAGGCGAAGUAAUCGACCUUCCAUAUGACAAUACGCAGCCUCGUUCCAGUGAAGUUCUCCAUAGAGCUGCCACUGUGGCUGCAUCAACCCGUGGGAGAUACGACCCUCGAUAUCGUAGUUCUCACAUCCCUCGCCAGAUUCCCCAUGAGAGUGACGCCGAUAAUUGGGUACCACCCCCUCCUCCUUACAAACGCGAAACAGCGGACCCAUUGCCAGAUGAUCUACAGAGAUUGCUCCUCCCCCCAGUAAAUGCCACCAAUUCUACCCUCCAGCCUGGAAGAGCAGAAUCCGCUCGUGUCGCGCAGCAACCAACGCACCUACGUCCACAAUCUGUCAAUUUACAGAGGCUACGCACUGUAAUUGGAUCUAGGCAGGGGAGAAAUUCCAUCGGCAGAGACUUUGACGCAGAGCAAUUCAUCCCUCAAGAUUCGUUCACAAACAACUUCUCGCCAGAACACCAUGGAUCUGCUUCUCAUCCAGCGGUCCAAUCCAUCACGCCUACGGUCGCUGUGUAUCCAGCGGAACUACCUCAACAAGAGAACAUUAUGCCUCUUCCAUACUUGAGGGCCUCGGCACUGGGCGAUGCACUUGGCGAUGCCUACUUCCCAUACUCUGUGUCAUCGCCAAACCUUCUUCAUAUCCCACAGCCACAUGAAGACGGGCAGGGUACUGUAGCGGAUGACGAGCAAGAGGUACCUCAAAGGCAACGGUCUUUCCACAGGAGAGUUUCAACCGAACCCACUAGCUUACCCCCACCAACAAACGAGGAAUGGCGCCGGCGCAUUCAGGAUUGGAACGAUAACACAAUUAAGGAGCGGGGUCGCAAGCGAAGGGGGAAGUGCCAUAUCAUGUAG